UAAUGAAUCAGUUGUUGUUAGUUUAAAGAAUUUUAUUCGUAAAUUAUUAAAUUUGAUUAAAAGAUCACUUAUUCCAAAUGAGCCUUUGAUGACCCAUACACGAGACUUAUUAAACAAUAACUUUGGAACACAUAUACUUACUGGUGGCCAGCCAUGCACAAUUCCAUUAUUAAGGGAAGAUAUGCUAAAUCCUAUUCGUGUCGGCAUAAAAGGUUUCAUAAACGCAUUAUCAAAUUUGAACUCUUCAAAUUUUUAUAAAGAAAUAAAUAGAGUAAAAACCGGUAGUUUAAUUACUUUAUUACUACCAAAUCCGGAUGUAAAACAAAAAGAUAGUAAUUCAACCGGUAGUGGUGUUUCUUGGAGUGAUUAUUCCGAUAUUGGUGGUGUUAGCUUUACCGAUCCGUCAAUUUUUCCCCUCGCAUCAGAUCAAAUUUCAAACUGCAGAAAAAGAUUUAUCGUUGAACAAACCGGUGUUUAUCUCGAGUCUUACUAUCAUAUACUUAAGACACUUCAGCCAUUUCAAAAAUAUUUAGUUACUAAUGCUACUGUAAAUGUUGAAACACCAUUCUAUGCUGACCUGUCAGUUUUAUGUACGAGUAAUAGUCAAAUUUUGAAAUUAAAUGUUGCUGAUACAAACAGUCACGAUGAAGUGGCAGAAAGAAUUGAUUAA